GUCCUUUGUUAUCCAACGAUGCCCCAUUGACUGACGAGUACAGGCAUGUGUUGUUGCAAAUUAUAUGCUCCUUUCACAGCUCAAGCAAAAGCCAAGAAUAGAAAACGAAGAAUUUCAUCUUGCCCUUCAAAGCAUUGCUGGAGCGAGCUGUGAUAACAUUCUGACGACGGAUCUGUUCCUGUCCUACGAUAUGCCGUUCUACAAUUUACUUGCCACGCUCAGAGAAGAGACCAUAAUUUCACAAAACCCGACUCCUACAAGUGACGAAGUUCUUGGUUGCACUCUCGAUGGUGGCCCCUGGAUGUACAGGCUGGCUCGGCCACCAGAGGCUCUGGGGGGCUGGCUCGAUUUGAGUGAUAAGGUCGAGUAUCAAAGGGUUUUACAGAGCCUAAGAAAAGGAGAAGGAGACCUGGUUCUGAUGCAUAAAGUUGAAGUUGACAUGGUUGCUCGAUACCAGGAGGAGCAGGACAAAAUCCGAAGAGAAUGGGACGAAGGGGAAAGUGAUGACAUGCUUAUAGACCAAUCUGGGAAUGAUGUGGUCUUUGACCGUGGAAGAGCUUUGGACUUCCUCCAUCUUUCGUCAACAGAGCCUUAAGUCGCUUUCAGGGUUCUCAGCCUUGAGAGAGAAGCCUUGAGAGCGAGUGUCCUAGAGGAAUAUGAAUUUUCGAUCAGCUUAUGCCU